CGCAGGCGCGGCGGAAGUGUCAUGGCGGCGGACGCGAGUGCAGAGCGGCUUCUCGAGGUCGAAGAUGAGAUCGAGGACGACGAUAAUCUCGACGAGUCCCUGGCAGAGAGACUGUGGGGGUUGUCAGAGAUGUUCCCAGAGGGAAUGCGGAAUGCCUCCGGGGUAGCCGCAAGCUGCUCGCUGACGAUAGCCAAGAAGCUUUACAGCUUCACUCGCUCGGCCCUGUGGGUGGGCACCACGUCCUUCAUGAUCCUGGUGCUGCCGGUGGUGUUUGAAACGGAGAAGCUGCAGCUGGAACAGCAACAGAUCCAGCAACAGAGACAGAUUCUGUUGGGCCCGAACACGGGGAUGUCGGGUGGAAUGGCGGGAUUGCUGCCGCCUCCGCUUCCAGGGAAAAUAUAACGGAGCUGACCCUCGGAGCGGGAAGCGCUGGGGAUCUGACAGCACGUGCAGACGCGGGACCCGCGGCCCGUCGCCAGGGAGCGUUGCGUUGGUCCCGGCCGUCCAGCUCUGGACCCACCAACCGCACCCAACCUGCAGGAAGGAACUGCAGAUGCUGGUUUACACCGAAGAUAGACACAAAAAGUUGGAGUAACUCAGCGGGACAGAGAGCAUCUCUGGAGAGAAGAAAUGGCUGAC